AUGGGUGUCCAGGGCUUCCAAGAGUUCCUGGAGAAGCGCUGUCCCGGGGCCGUGGUGCCCGUGGACCUCCUCAAACUCGCGCGUACGGUCUCGCGCCAGCAGCAGCAGCACCUGCACCGCCAGCUGCCACCGACGGCAGCCCUAGCACCCGGGGCUCCACGCGCCGCCAGGGGCUCCGCGCCUCUACAACCGCCGCUCCCGCCCGCUGCCUUGGGUGCCUACUCCGGGGCCGCGGGGCCGACUCGGCACCACCACCCCGCUCACCAUUUCCACCACCAUGGCCAGGCGCAGCCCGCGCUACCGCUUUGCCAGGCCUGUGCCUAUCCCGGCGGCGACGGCCUGGAGCUGGUGGUCAUGUUUCCAGGGGGCCUGGGCAAGGAUCGGCUGGCCGAGUGGGGCCGUCGGUGCCAGGCCGAACGGCAGACAGCGCAACUGAUCGUGGGACACGUGGGCAACAAGGGCACCCCUCCACCACGGGCCUGGUUCCUGCCCCCGGCCUGCCUGAGCCACUGCGUGAGGCUAGCACUCAUCCGCUUCCGGGUCAAGGUCUUUCAGAGCCUUGAAGACCACCAUUUGGAAGUGGUGGCUUUUUUCAGGGAAAAUGGCUUCCAUGGCCUUCUUGCCCAUGACUCCGAGUAUGCUCUCUACAAUAUUCCCUCUUACUACAGUUCCCAUGCUCUGAAGCUGAGCUGGAAUGGGAAGAACCUCACUACCAACCAGUUCCUGAUGCAGGAGGUGGCCAAGCAACUGGGCCUAAAGCGGAUGAAUUUUCCCAUAUUUGCUGCACUGCUAGGUAACCACAUUCUCCCAGAUGAGGACCUGGCUGCUUUUCACUGGAGCCUCUUGGGACCAGAACAUCCUCUUGCAUCACUUAAGGUCCGAGCGCAUCAGCUGGUUCUUCCGCCCUGUGAUGUGGUCAUCAAGGCUGUUUCUGAGUAUGUUAGUUCCAUCAAAGACCCUUCAGACCUAGAUGUGGUUGGAAAGGAUGUUUUCAAACAGUCUCAGUCCAGGACCGAAGAUAAAAUAGAACGAUUCAAGAGAGCAGUGGAGUACUACUCAGUCACAACCAAACUCUCUUCGUUUCCAGUGGGUCCCUCCUUUCUAGGUUUUCGGAAUAAUAGGCUUGGAAAUCCUCCCCUUCUGCAGAAUCAAAUGGGCACCAUUUCUGCUGGAAAGCCAAUGUUUUCUCACCAAGUACCCCAGAAAAUGAAAUAUCCACCACCAUUCCCAAUGGGAUCCAACUCAUCUCCUCUCUUUUCCCCCCAUGCUUUGGGGGAAUCCCAUGCUUUUUCGGAGGAUCCCAUACUGCAGGACAUCCCUUUUGCAAACUGGGCUAUUUCUUAUAACUCCUCUGCAUCCCAGUUUCCCAAUUACCUGACUUCCAAAGCCUCACCUCCUUUGGGACCAGACUCUUCCCACUCCUCUUCCUCUGAUGGUGAUGAGCCAAAUGGAGCCAGCUCCAAUCACAUCACAGAAGCACUUCAGCAACAGCCUGGGUGGGAAGAUUCCAAUGGUGACAGAGGGUCCUGGGUACAGCCUGUUGAUGCUGGAGUUUCAGAAGCCAGCCUAGGUGAUGGUGAGCCCCACAUCCCAUCUCUGCUGUCUAUGUCUACGAGGAACCACGUGGACAUCACCAUUCCACCCUUACCUCCAGUAGCUCCAGAAGUCUUAAGGGUUGCAGAACACAGACACCGGAGGGGUCUCAUGUACCCAUAUAUCUACCACGUACUCACUAAGGGUGAGAUUAAGAUCCCCGUAUGUAUUGAGGAUGAGUGUAACAUGGAGCUGCCUCCAGCUGCCCUCCUGUUCCGGUCAGCUCGUCAAUAUGUAUAUGGAGUCCUUUUUAGUCUGGCAGAGACACAGCGGAAAAUGGAACGCCUGGCCAUACGGCGGCGGCUGCCCGUGGAAGUUCCUUCAGUGAUCCUUAAAGAGUGGUCUGCGUAUAAAGGGAAGUCACCUCAAACCCCUGAGCUCGUGUCUGCACUGACAUUUCGGGAAUGGACUUGUCCAAACCUCAAGAAGCUCUGGCUAGGCAAAGCAGUUGAGGACAAGAACAGAAGGAUGCGGGCCUUCCUGGCCUGUAUGAAGUCAGACACACCCAGUAUGCUCAAUCCAGCUAAUGUCCCCACCCAUCUGCUGCUCAUGUGCUGUGUACUCCGGUACAUGGUUCAGUGGCCCGGUGGCCGAAUCCUGCAUCGCCACGAACUAGACACCUUCCUUGCACAGGCAGUGUCUACCCAACUUUAUGAACCAGAUCAACUCCAAGAGCUAAAGAUUGAGAAACUGGAUGCCCGAGGGAUCCAGCUUGCUGCCCUCUUCAUGAGUGGGGUCGACACCGCUCUGUUUGCUAAUGAUGCCUGUGGCCAGCCAGUCCCUUGGGAGCACUGCUGCCCCUGGAUUUACUUCGAUGGCAAGCUGUUCCAGAGCAAGCUAAUUAAAGCAGGCCGAGAGCGAGUGUCCCUGGUUGAGCUCUGUGAUGGCCAGGCUGAUCUGGCAACCAAAGUGGAAAAGAUGAGACAGAGUAUCCUUGAAGGAGUCAACAUGAAUCAUCCACCGCCUUCUGCUCUACUUCCAUCACCUACUUUUGUGCCUCCCGUGGUGCCCUCUGUCUACCCUGUUUCACUUUAUUCCCGAGCCAUGGGAUCAAUGCCACCUCCCCCUCAAGGAAGGAGCCGGGGGUUUGCAGGUCUCCAUCCAAUCCCACCCCAAGGAGGAAAACUGGAGAUUGCUGGGAUGGUCGUGGGCCAGUGGGCUGGCAGCAGAUCUUCCAGGGGUCGAGGAUCCUUUGGCAUGCAAGUGGUUUCUGUCGGUGGGCCAGGAAAGGGGCCUGGAAAAGAACAGAUUGGUAGAGGACCCAAAGGACACAAAAAAGGAAACAGACAAGUAAAUGGAAACAGUGGCGCAUUGAUCAAGGAAGAGAAGAGUGAUCCUCAUCUUCCAGCUCCAUCACAAUGUGCCUUAUCUAGAGACAGCAACAUGUGUAAUAAUGAUAACCACUACCUCCCCAUGAAGAAUGGGGAAAAAAACAACUUCCAAGAGCAAAAGCUAGAAACUAUGGCACAACGGAAAGAGGAAUGACAAGCUGAAGAUGGCUUCACCAGAUCAAGAAGAGGGGAAAACUUAUACUUUUCUGAUUCUAGGCCCAAGUUAGAGGAGGAUAUAAAUGCUUACCCUGUGUUUAUCCAGGAUUUUGAUGAGCCGUCCUACGUUGUCCAUCUUUUCCCCUUCCCUGUCUUUUUGUGGGCCUCCAGACUUAGUAGUCUGCUUCUGGGGAAUUUCAAAGAUGAACAGCAACAAGACUAGCUCCUAUUCUUAAAGUGAAUAUAUAGCACUAAUAUUCUCUUUAUCUCCCCUGGAAGCCCAGUAAGGCACUAACUGUCAGAAAUUGGGUGUCAUCACAUAAAGUCCUAUUAGAGAAGUUUCAGCUUUGGGUUUCUGAGUAUUUAUCAUGAUACUCAUUUACAGACCUAUGCGAUAAACCUAUGGAUGGGGUUGUAGGGACAGCUGUCUAUGGCUUUCCGACUUGUUUUUUUUUCUCUUUGAAGUGGUGGGGCCUUGAUACAUAAUUAAUAUCCACCUCUUUUUCAUUCUUUCUCCCAACUCUCCUACCCCAGUAUUUUGUACCACAGCCUCUAGCUCUGGUCUGACAAUCAGAUAGGUAGAUGUUUUCAGGGAAGUGAGGUAGUAUUGGUUAUUUUAUUUUAUUUUAUUUUUUAUUUUAUACACUUAAAAAAAAAAAAAAAACUACCAAUGGCCUUUGUACUGGGGGAUUCAAGUGAGUCAGAAAAGUACUGGGCAGAUUUUUCCUGCCUUUCAACCCGUGCAUUGUUUGUAAAAUAGAUGUGGUGCAGUUUGCCCAUUCCUGCUGACUAUACCCUGAAAGGGUGGGAAUUACUGUAGUGAAACUGAGUACGAAAGAGACUCAGAAGACUCUGAUUGUGUGUGUGUGUGUGUGUGCACGCACACGUGCACAUGUGUAGGUUUAUGGGUGGGCGUGUAUAUGAAUGUGUGUAUCUAAAUGCAUACACAUACCCUUUGUAUAAAGAGACAGAUCUAUUUAUCUAUACAUAUUUUAUAUAUAUGUGUGUGUGUGUGUGUGUGUGUGUGUGUGUGUGUGUGUGUGUAUGUAUGUACAUGUAUACACAUACAUACAUACAUACAUAUAUGGUGAUGUCCCAGAGGAUUUACUGAAUUUCCCAGAAAUCCUUCCACUGCUAUGGAGUGGUGGGUUUCAAAGACCACACUUAAAAUCUGAAAUCCUUACUAAGUCAUGGCCCGUCACAAUUAUGAGAAGAUGGGCUACUCUAAAUCAGACAAAAAGUACUUUCCAGAGAUUGACUGUUCAGAACAACAAACACUUGGAUUGUUACAAGAUUAAUCUUGAACAGAGCCCUCCCAUCCCAUAUGGUGAAAACAGGAGGUUGGAGUGGGAUUGGAAAGAGGUGGGUAUUUACUUAUGAAGGUUUGAAGAGAAAAAGGGGAUGGGAGGUGAUUACCAUUUGAAAGAGCUUUCAGCCAAUUUGGAGGAAAUCUCUUCUGGAACUUCAGGGUCAAAUUCAGGUGAGGCUUCAAGCUAAUAUUGAUUGACAAGAAUUCCUGAAGGAGAGAGGACUAGCAUUGGAAAGAUGGGAUAGGGAGGAAUGAGAAAAUUGACAAUUUGACUUUACAUGCCUAGAUUGUUUCAUUUGUUCAUUGACAUUUUGACUAUAGGAUCUUUUCAUUUGCUUUGCAAAGAAGACUUCAGAGGAUGCUGGCCUGGGCCUUGAGAAGUAUUCUGUAAAAGAAUCUCAGCCCCCUGUGAGGCCAGGAUCUACCUAGGAUAAAGAGGCUGUUCCUCCUUGCUGGAGAUACUUUUUUCUUCUAUCAUGACAGUUUAUUGUAAAAUGAUUUAGUAUCGUAAAAAGAAAAACGUUAGCAACAAAGUACAUGGGUUAUUCCCAGUUUAGCAGACUAAACUUGACAUUAACAGUGUUUCAAGUUUUUAUCCAAGCAAUAUGCACAAAAUUCAGUCACCAUAAUAUCUCCACUAAAAGCUGGAAACAAUGGAAAAUGGAAAAUCUUUUGCUGAAGAAAAUUAACCGUUGUAAAGAUCUUGAGACAACCUUGCAUUUCCAGUUUCCCUCUUUGGGCAGCCUAAGUAUGAGGGAUGGAAAAAUGGCUUGCAACAAAUUAGCAUUAUGUCUUCAUUAAGGAAUUGAGUAUUUUAGACUCACACACUUCCUUUUGGGCUUUGUGAUGUUCUUGCCCAAGAAGUAACAUUUCUACAAGAAUACAACUGACUAGACUUCUACUUCUAGCAGGGUUCUCUUUUUGAAAAACCCCACUCCACAGCAGGUCCUUGAUGAUUUUUUUUCCAGACAACCAGAAUGCUAUUUGUUUACUGUCUACUUAAAAUGACUGCACCAUGAGAAAUUAAAAACAGUCUCGGACUGUUUAAUCCUAGUCUGUCCUAUUUUAAGAGAACCCACAAUUUGCAGGGGGAGGAAGCGCUGGAAUGCCUUGCCCCUGCCCAGGUACUUCUUACGUAAACCAAAGAAUGACGAGAGUGUAUACCUAGCUAGAUAUAAGCAGGAGCAAAGCAUAUAAAACUUCCUCCUUGGAAUCAGCUCCCUAAUUUGGACUCCUCUUGGACCUGCCCAGUCUUUCACAACAUCUUGAAGGUUAGGACUUCUGUCCAGCAAGGCGGGGGGAAUCAGUAGUAAAUUUAAAUGGCUUGGGAAUCUCUUUCUGGAGCCAUGGAGGGAUGAGUGAAUAUAUAUAUAUGUUCAUUUUCUAAUAGAAUGUACUUGGAGUUAAGUGGUAUUUUUUUUAGUUGCUAUUUCUGUGCAUCUUGAAUCUGACACAAUCAGAUGACAGUAUUGUUAACUUUCACAGCAUUAAGAGUUCUUAAUUUCACUGUGAAAGGUAAAAUUGCUGCUUUGACAGGGAUGAUUCCAGUUUGCCGAAAGGCUUGCUUUUCUCCUUUCCACACACUUCUACUUUCCCCUAGCCUGGCCCAGGGGGAAACAAGUGGCUCACCUUCAACCUUGACUUUAUUUGGAUUCAGCAUUUUGGGUUUGGAAGGUUACAAGAAAGAACCAUAAAAUGCUGUUCAUAUAUUUUAAUUCAUCGGCCAAAAUGUACAACUUACAAUCCAGAAAAACAAAGGUACAUUAUUGGGCAAUGAACUUUUUCUAAUGGGAGGACAAAUUGGGGAAGGUGGGCUCUGAUCUUUGCUGUACCUCUUGAAGAGACUGUCAUCCUUCACUUGAGGUUCCAUUUCUGACUGUGAUGUGGUCUCUCUUGAACAAAGUCAUAUGGGCACCCCCAGAAAUGACCUCUUUACCUUGUAGGGCCACAAGCAAAAACACCCUGGUUGUGUAUAGCUACUGACCCCCAAGGACUUGCAGUUCUUGAUUUCUGCAGAUGUGUCUUGGGCUCAGCCUGUAACUCCUACCGUUAUUCAGUGGCCAGUCUGGUCUGGACCAGACCUGACAUACUUCUACUCGCUUGCAUCAUUUUCAUUCUGAGCCAGUAGGACUUCAGGUAGACUCUAAAGCCCAAGAAGUGAUACUUGCUUUGGUUAGUGACAUUUAUGUUUCCAUGUUGAUUUUCUGACAUUGUUGGCCAAGUCACACUAACUUUUUUUGACCACUGAGAAAAACAGCCGGACAAGGAAUUAGGGAAGGUGGUUAAGGUGGGAGGAGGGGGACAGGAAUGCUUAUUUAAGGUAGAAAGAAUGUAGGAAUAGCUGUUUGUUUAUAGUGAUUAAGUCCUUUGGAACCAUAGAAGGCUCCUAUGGGCAUGUCAGUGCUACCAAUUCAGCCGCUAAGACACCCCCCCUCACCCCCCACCCCUUUUGAAAUGACAAUACAGGUGGACCACAGUUUAAAGUAGUUAGUAUAAUUUUGCUAAGGUUUAAUCAUUAUAAUUGUUCACUUCCUGGUGCAUAUUUCCUAAAUAUGCUUGGGGUUCAGGGUAGGUGGGUGGGUGAGUUUUCACUGUUCCAUGAUGUUUCACCGUAUAUUUUUCUCCCUCCUGUGACUUUGGCAUCUUAUUUGACUUUCUAUUUUUUUUUCCUUGGCUUAUUGCUGUAAUCUGCUGGUGCAGCUAGAGAACUUAGUGCACCUAUUCCCCUGUUACUACUAAUUAUCUUCAAUGUUGUCAGAGGUUAUUUUGAUGUUCUAAGAAAAUAACGUCACUUUUUUACAAAAUCAUCGUUUCCAAGUUAAAAGCAAAAUAAAAUAUCCCUUGUGCUAGGGUGCCCAUUUCAGCUGUUGACAUUGCCCCUGUACUUUUAUAGAUGCUCUUUUUGUCUGUGUUGGUAGUAACUAAUGACUAGUGAAUUUUCAUGUAGAUGAAGCAAGUUAAAUAUUUCAGAUUUUAUUAAUCUCUCAUAACCCUACCAAAUCUGAUGACUUCAUGUUAAUUACUUCCCAGAAGGCACUUCCCCUCCUACUUUUUAUUUUAUUCUAUUCUAUCCUAUUCUAUUUUUAGAAUAACACACUAGGUAAAGAAACUAACUGCAAGGAGUCAGUGAUUUUUAGUGCUCCCCGAUAAAUGAUGUUAUUGACAAAAGUAAAAAAAUUCUUUCAUUGUUUUUUCUGUGUUACUAUCUCCUCUCCUGUGCUGUUGACAGUGUGUUUAGUGGAUGGAUAAAAUAUAUAUCUCUUUCCCACUCCCAGAUUCCAGAUUCCCUGCCUUUUUGGCCCACCUCACCACAAAAGCUCCAUAGUUUAUUAAUGUAAGUUUGAAUGGAUGCUUCUUUGGGGAAACUGUAGGAGUUAAUGGAAGUGUUUCAGAAAGGAAUAAGAAUGUCUCAGGAGUUGUUUUGUGAUGGAAAUUGAUCUGUUGUUCUGUUAAUGCGGACGGAAAGAAACUUACAGAGCUUAAUAAAAGUCUAUUCUUUUAGUAAAGAAAUUGUGAAAUAAU